GUGGAAACAAAGAAAAAAGAAUCAUCGGGACAGACAGAGGUUUCAUUUUAAUGAACAAGGAAGGAGCGGCCUUUAGACGAGAAUGCCAACACGGCGUAUGGAAGACAAAUUUAGAGAUUUUCUCGUAAAACUUAGUGGAUACUUUUCUGGUAUAAGAGUCCGUUGGUUGCGAUGUCUCUUAUUUGAUCACAUAGUAAUUGGGGUGUUAGCACGUAGUAAGAUUGAUGGAAUUGGUCUAUUUAAUGAACUCUGGGACAUAGAUGAAAUAUCUUGUAAUAAUGUAGAUCUUUUGUCAGAAAUUGCCGAACUGACGAAAAAUAAGUCUGCAAUAUCUCAUGUAAAUGAGUAUAAAAUUAAGGCUAUUAAAAAAUAUGUCCCAAUCACUAAGCGAAAGCAAUUGACACAAUAUAGAAAGAAUCUGUUCAGAGCAUUGCAAUUAGUAGAAGAGGACAAAGUAGAGUUCUUAGCUAACAGCUACCAACAACAUUAUAGUGACUUUAAAAACAUCUGGGAUCUGGUUUUCUUCUUGGAGAAAGAUGAGCAGUUGGAAAACAAACCAGACAAAAUAAAGAGGUUUGGAAAUCUUCUGAACCAAAAAGCAAAACAUGCCUUACUACUUUCAGAUGAAUCGGAUAAAAGAGAAGUUAAAUCUUCCAAAAAGAAGAAAGGGCAUCAAUCGACUGUGAGCAGCAGCAGCAGCUCUGAAGAUCCAGAUGAUUCUUCUGAUGAUAGCAACCUCGGAACAAAUGGAGGCCAGAUCAUGAGCAAAACUAGAGAGAGGAAAAUGCAGAAGUGGGCAGUAAUAGUCAGCAUUUGCACUUUGUUGGUUCCAAUUUUAUAUGGAUUAUUUUAUAUAGAAAUAUUGAAUAGUACACAGCUAGUGAUCUUAUUUAUGCUUGGUUUUAUCAUCCUGAUUGUAUAUAUUGUCCUUACCAUUUGGCCUUCUAGUAAGGUAGUUUUAGGAAAGAUUAUGUUGGCUGUGUUAGCUGUUGUUUUACCUAAAUUAAAAAUACCACAGGGUACCACAGAAUACAGGAGAAUCAAAAAGGUAGUUAAACACUUUUUUAAAUGAUAUGUUCCGUUUCGUAAGUUUGAUUCAAGGUUGAUGUAAGGACUUAAUUUAUUUUCUAUUAAUAAUAUAAUUAUUGUUAUUAUUUUAUUUAUUAUUUUUAUUGCUAUUAUUAUUAUUAUUGUUAUUAUUAUUAUAUUUACUAUUAUUAUUAUUAUAUUAUUA